AUCAUGUUCCCCUUUUUUAAUGAGAGGUGGGGCUGGGGCGGAGUUUCCCCUUUUUCGUGUCACCAGUUGUCCUGGUGGGUCACUAUGCUCGGAUCUUUUUGACGCCGGAAAAUUAUUCCCCGUUUGACAGAACCUUCUACCCCAGAGCCAGUGAACUUUAUGCCCAAAGCCAAAGCCUUCUUCCCGAAAGCCAGAACCUUCUAACCCACAGUUGGAAUCUUCAUUCCCAAAGCCAGGGUCUUUAUCCCCAAAGCUGGAACCUUCUUCAACCCAAGCCUGUCGUAUUCAACCUGAAAUCUAAAACGGUCUUCCCUAAAAACAGAAACUACUGCCCCACAAGCAGAGUCUUCUUCCCCAAAGCCAAAGUCUUUACCCGAAAGCCAGAACCUCCUACCUCUUCUUCCUCCUCCUAAUCCAGAACUGUCUCUUUUCAAGUCUUUUUUUUUCUCCUAAAGCAACAGCUUUUUUGAUCCCCAAACCCAGAUUUUUCAUCCCCAAAGCCGAAUGCCUCUGGAAUCCCUUCAGGAAAUGGAUCAGCACAAGUACGGCGCUCAGGAGAAGCUGGAAAUCGUGGGGUUGGAGGACGAGGAGGGUAAGCCCAUCAGCGCCCUGAGCAUCCUGUCUCUACUGGAGCGCGUGGCCGGAAUCAUCGACAACGUGCAGUCGGGUCAGCAGCGAAUGGAAGAGCGUCAGCUGGACCUGGAGAACAACAUCCACAGCAUCCAGGGUGACGUCCUGAAAUUGGCCAAGGAGCACGCCGAGACGAGCGGCUGCUUGGACAAAUUGCUGCAGAAGACGCGAAAAGUCAGUGCCAACGUCAAGGAUGUCCGAGCCCGUGUGGAGAAGCAGAACGGUCGCGUCAAGAAGGUCGAGAGCACCCAGGACGAGCUGCUCACCAGGAACAAGUUCCGAGUGGUCAUCUACCAGGGUGAGACUGAGGUCCCGUCGGUGGCCGUCACCAAGAGCCCCAAGGGGGGUCUGGAGGCUCUGGAGCUAGAGCCCGAUUCUUACGACGUCCCCGCUGAUCUCUCCUCGGAUGAGGAGUACCUGAGCAUGGAGGAAGCGGAUCCUUCCCGCGCGGCACGAUUCAAGAAGUCCAUGGUGAAAAGCACAGAGACCCUGAAGGCGGCCUUCUCGAAGGAAAACAUGAGUAAGACCAAAGACAACAUAGGCACCAAGUUCCACAACCUUGGCGAGAAGGUGAUGCCACCCGAGCGCCGCGAGAAGAUGCACCAGGCAGGCGAGCGCAUCAAGCAAAGCGGCGAGCGCUUCAAGGAGAAUAUCGCAAAGAAGGCACCCACCAAGGAGAGCUUCAAGAUCAAGAUCAAGAAGGAAAGAGCCGUGGCCGAGGGCCAAGAGGGUGCAGAUGCUGAAGUAGAAGCAGAGGCCGAGGUCUCCGCUACCUCCCAGCCCCAACCCGAGCCUGCCUCCACCAAAGUUGUAGCGGAGACCAAGAGAGAGGGGCUGGUAGAGCAGGCCAAUGCCCCCGGGAGAGCCGAGCAAGAAGAAGAUUACGGAAAUUAGAUACCCGUGACAGAAAGAUUACGGGAAGGAGACCACCAUUAUGGGAAGAUGACGGGAAGUAGAGCGCGUUUACGGGUAAAUAACAUGAAGCAGACCACCAUGAAAGGCAACAGACCACCAUUAUGGGAAGAUGAAAGGAACUGGACCCCAACUGCGGGACGUAGACCACCAUCAUGGGACAACUACAGGAAGCAGACCACCAUUACCAGAAAAAAAACAUCCAUAAAACAGAUAACAUUUACAGAACGUGGACUCCCAUUACAGGAUGUAGACCAGCAUUGCAGGAACAUUAAAAGAAGUAGAGCCCCAUUACAGGAACUAGACCACCAUUACCAGAAUUGAAGCCCAGUUACAGAGAUGAUAUAAAUCAGAUGAUAUUCACAUGAAGUGGACUCUAUAUACAGGUUCUAGACCACAGCACAGUAAAAUUACAUAUACUUGACACCUUGUACACAAAAGUAGAGCAGAAUUAUGGAAAAAUUAGCAGAAGUGGACAUCCGUUAUAUGAAAUAGAUCACCGUUACGGGAACAUUACCGGAAAUAGACUCCCAAUACAGGAAAUAAACCACCAUAAUAGGAUGAGGAAUAUAACAGGAAGUAAACCACAUUUUCAGGAAGCAGACGACGGAAGAAGAGAGCAGCUUUGUGAUUGAUCCAGGACAGAGUGAUUGUAUUUUGUUUUUUUUAUUAAGUGGCGACACCUGCUGGCCCCUUAACACAAUUCAUGUUUUACUACUUAGGCGCACAUUUACACACGCUACCAUGCCAAAGUGGAAAUCUUUAUUUGAAUGAUAGAGAACAAUAAGAACAAUGGCAUUUGGUGGAUUACGCGAUUAACAUAUUUAAAAUGCAACUACACAUUAUUAAAACGUCACUUUUGGUGAUCUGUGCACAUUCUAACCUAUUUAAAUGCAACGUUAGGUGGUCUUUGAACGUUAUAACAUAAAAUGUCAGUUCUGGUUAUCAUUACAUGGAGGGAUAUUGACAAAAGGGGCUUGACAUCAUGAUUGACAGUUGGUUUUGUGCAUGUAAUUGAUGACACCUGUAGUGGUGACGUCGAACGAGUGUGUGUGUGUGUGUGUGUGUGUGUGUGUGUGUGUGUGUGUGUGUGUGUGUGUGUGUGUGUGUGUGCGUGCGCGCGCACGUGUGAGUGUGUGUAAUAAGUUUGAAUUGGUACAACGUGGUAACUAGUGAAUUCUAAAGUCUGUGGUAGGUUUCCCUCUAGUGGCCUUCCAUGGCGAUGCACCCAACCACAUGUUUGCUGAGUCUUUUGCGGCGGGGAGGGGGGGAGGCUAAAGUGAUGGAAUUUGAACAUCUUUUUUCCUCCUCGUUUUCAUGAACCUGAAAUAAUCUGCGGCAUGGGGAUACGAUUUUAAAAUAUGAGAUCAGAUUAGAUCAGAUUAAAUAAAAGUGGAUUCGAAUUUAUUCAUCCGAGAUGGACAUCACAUAAACAAUUGGCAAGCCUGAUGCAUUAAGUGUUUCAUAAUGAAUAAAGCCCUUAGUAAAAUUACAGCAGGUUUUGGGAGUCUUUUAAUAUGGGUGACCACGAAUAAAAUAGAAGUUGUAGCGAUCAUUGACGAAAAAAGAGAUUGGCUCACAUCUCUGUCACACGUCCUGUGAAAGGCAGGAAAAACUUGUCGGGGAUGUUGCUGUCAGUGAGGUGAAUCAACGACCCCAAGGAUGGAGACAACCAAGCACAAAGCAGACACCAUCAUCACGUGAUAAUCGACACCUCAAACACAGACACCAAAACACCUCCAGCUGCAAUCCACCCAUUUUUUGCCCAGCAAGCAUAAUGUCAAUUGACUCUCCACCAACCAGAAGAUGUCAACACCCUGUCACAUGGAGAGGAAUUCAUCCCCGAUUGUGAUUUACGACAUCCUUUGUUGUUGGCUCUGUUCCAACUCUUGAAAGCAAGAAUGUAGCAUACCUGCUUUUAUUGUUCCUUAUCACACCCACCUUUGUAAGGACUUUCCAGGGAACGUGUUUAACAUCAAAAAGGAACCGUUAUCUC